GAAAGUUCAAGCAUUCAUCAAGCUGAUCUUAGGGAGGCAUAAAAUUGUUGUCAAUGACAGCUACGAAUGCUGAAGAUCCUCAAACUCUUCGCAUGGUUGCAGGAGCUAUUGCAAAUCUUUGUAGCAGCGAUAAAUUACAAACAAAGCUUAGUGUUGAAGGAGGCAUCAAAGCACUCUUAGGAAUGGUCGGGUGCAGGCAUGGUGAUGUUCUAGCUCAAGUUGCUCGUGCAAUUGCUAACUUUGCUAAAUGUGAAUCCGGAGCUCUCACACAAGGUCUCUUCUUAUUGAUGAUGGAGCAUUGCCGUGGAUAAUACAGAACGCAAACAAUGAAGCAUCACCGGUUAGGCGUCAUAUAGAGUUAGCACUCUGCCACUUAGCAAAACACGAGGUGAAUGCAAAGGAUUUGAUAAACGGAGGGGCAUUUCGGGAACUACUACACAUCUCACGGAAUUGCUCGCGAGAGGAUAUCAAGGCCCUCGCACUCCAGACGUUAAAUUCAAGCAAAACCUUCAGGGCGGAAAUGAGACGAAUGCGGGUUGAGCAUUGUUGAUCAAAGACGUGACCGACUAUUUGAGCUAGACAGGUUUAGAUUCCCUGUAUAUAAUCCCAAUUUACUUGCCUGCAAUUUGAUCACUAUAAAUUGCAGAAAUCUAUUGAUUUUAAAAAAAACUCAUGUUAGAAUUAUUGGUUACAGGGAGAAAUUAAUUAGUAUAGGCUAGGAUUGUUGCUUUGGCAUAUGCUGUGAGAUCCCAUAUUGCAUUACUAGUUA